GCUCGCUGCAGCUGGAGAAAAGCGCGCUCCGUGGACCCGACACUGUGAGAGAGCCCACGGGUUCCGGGGCGUGCGCGGCGGACCAGAGAGCGCAGCCCGGGGUGCGCCUGGGAGGACGGGGCGCAGAGGACUGGAGGGCGCAGCCCCGGGGAGCCCGGGAGGAGGGGGACUUGGGAGGAGGGGGCGCGGCGGCCGCCGUCCCCGCCCCUGCGCGGCGCUCGGCCCCCUACCGCUGGGCGCGCGACUGCAGCCGGAGCUGGGCGCUCGCCCUGCACCCCGAGUCCCGCAACCCUCACGGCGCACCCGGCACCCCUCGCUCCGCACCGCGCACGGAGCACCCGCAUCCCCGCCGCCGGGCAUGUAGCAGCGGCGGCAGCGGCGGCAGCGGCGGUCGCCGCGGCGGAAUAUGGGCGGGAACCACUCCCACCAGCCCGCCGUGUUUGACGAGAACGAGGAAGGUAUGCAUCGUGCAGAAGCGAGACACGAAGAAGAUGUACGCGAUGAAGUACAUGAACAAGCAGAAAUGCAUCGAGAGGGAUGAGGUGCGCAACGUGUUCCGGGAACUGCAGAUCAUGCAGGGGCUGGAGCACCCCUUCCUGGUCAACCUGUGGUACUCCUUCCAGGACGAGGAGGACAUGUUCAUGGUGGCGGACCUGCUGCUGGGCGGGGACCUGCGCUACCACCUGCAGCAGAGCGUGCGCUUCACGGAGGGCGCCGUGAGGCUCUACGUCUGCGAGCUGGCCCUGGCGCUGGACUACCUGCAGCGGCGCCACAUCAUCCACAGAGACAUCAAGCCAGACAACAUCCUCCUGGACGAGCACGGACACGUCCACAUCACGGACUUCAACAUCGCCACGGUCGUGAAGGGGGCAGAGAAGGCGUCUUCCAUGGCAGGGACCAAGCCCUACAUGGCCCCGGAGGUGUUCCAGGUGUGCGUGGACGGAGGCCCCGGGUACUCGUACCCCGUGGACUGGUGGUCCCUGGGCGUCACGGCCUACGAGCUGCUGCGGGGCUGGAGGCCGUACGAGAUCCACUCGGCCACGCCCGUGGACGAGGUCCUGCACCUGUUCAAGGUGGAGCGCGUGCACUACUCCUCCACGUGGGGCACGGGCAUGGUCGCCCUGCUGAAGCAGCUGCUGACCAAGGACCCUGAGAGCCGCCUGUCCAGCCUCGGCGAUGUCCAGAGCGCGCCCUACCUGGCCGACGUGAACUGGGACGCGGUGUUCGAGAAGGCGCUGACGCCCAGCUUCGUGCCCCACAAAGGGAGGCUGAACUGCGACCCCACGUUCGAACUGGAGGAAAUGAUCCUGGAGUCCAGGCCGCUGCACAAGAAGAAGAAGAGGUUGGCGAAGAACAGGUCCAAAGACGGCGCGAAGGGCAGCUGCCCUCUGAAUGGACACCUGCAGCAGCGCCUGGAGACCGUGCGCAAGGAGUUCAUCGUGUUCAACAGAGAGCAGCUGAGGAGGCAGCAGGGGCAGGGCGGCCAGUGCCCGGACAGCGAGGGCCUCGGCGGGUUCCGGGACGGCUGCAACAACACCACCCUGGGCCCCACCUGCCCCCAGGGCUGCAGCAGCUGAGCCACUCCCCGGGGCCACCCGGCAGGUCGGCACCCAUCUGUGCCCACCCGCCGACAUCCCCCUGGCUGCCACAGCAAGCCCUGCCUCACCCCGGCCACACCGGAUGCAGAUGGAGCCGGAGCCGGGGGCCUGGAGCUGGGAAGCCCAGGGUGCGGUCCCAGCAGCCGGAAGGAUUCCCUGCGUGACCCUGGACAAGCCUCCGCCUUCCUGUGCCUCAGUUUCCUGCAUCUGCCAAAGGGCUUCAGCAGCCCUCUGCCUGCCUCUGACUACAUGGCUGCUGCGGGGGGGCUCCUGCUGGCAGCAGACGUGCAGAACACUUGACGCCUGCGAGCG